AUGGAUCCCUUUUCCGCAGAGGGCGAGCUCCUCAACAUCCACAGCGCCUUCCACUCAGGCCAAUACCAGAACGUGAUCGAAUUCGACACCACUGCCCUCUCCCCCGAGAACCAACUCCCAGCCCAAAUUCUCAAGCUCCGCGCCCAGAUUGCCCUCGGCCAAACCGACGCCGCUCUCGCUGAGCCCGCUAUCGAAGAGGAUACCCCCGACCUGUCGGCUGUCAAGGCCCUUGCUCUGCAGUCCGCAGGAAAGACCGACGCUGCACUCCAACUUGCUCAAGAGCUCGCAGCGAAUUACUCCGAUAACAAUACCGUGCAGGUCCUUGCUGGCACUGUUCUUCAGGCUCAAGGUCUUGGUGAGGAGGCGCUUGCUUUGUUGGCUAAGCACCAGGGGAAUCUUGAGGCUGUCUCCCUUAUCGUCCAGAUCCACCUUCAGCAGAACAGGACCGAUCUCGCCCUUAAGGAGGUCCAGGCUGCUAAGCGCUGGGCUCAGGAUUCGCUGCUUGUCAAUGUCGCCGAGUCGUGGGUUGGCUUGAGAGUUGGCGGUGAGAAGUACCAAUCUGCUUUCUACGUCUAUGAGGAACUCGCUUCUGCGCCUAGCACUUCUGCGCCGCUCUCUAUUGUUGGUCAGGCUGUUGCUGAGAUUCAUCUUGGUCGUUUGCCUGAGGCUGAGGCUGCUCUUAGUGCUGCGUUGGAGAAGUAUCCUGCUGAUGUGGAGUUGAUUGCUAACAGUAUUGUGUUGAAUGUUUUGGCUGGUAAGCCUUCUGAGGAAUUGGAGUCUCAACUACGGCAGAUUCAGCCCUCGCACUCCCUUCUCACUGAAAUCCAGGAGAAGAGCGAGUUGUUCGAUGCCGCGGCGGCAAAGUACUCUGCCAAGGUCUCAUCAUAG